GUCUAGUCUAUGACUCAUUGAUCAUCUAGGUCCGCCCCGCCUACCGAAUUGCCGCGAGGCGAGGACGUCCUUCGGCUGACAUUUCUAAACUCCAUCUUGUGAGCGGCGUACGUGUUCAGUGUCACAGCCACUUCAUCUAAACUUUAUUCCGCCAUGUCGAAAAUCGGUAUCAACGGAUUUGGCCGCAUCGGUCGCCUGGUGCUCCGCGCCUCGAUUGAGAAGGGCGCGUCCGUGGUCGCCAUCAACGACCCCUUCAUCGGCCUGGACUACAUGGUCUACCUCUUCAAAUACGACUCCACUCACGGUCGUUUCAAGGGCACCAUUGAGGCUCAGGAUGGCAGCCUUGUCGUCAACGGUAACAAAAUCGCCGUGUUCUCUGAACGCGACCCCAAGGCCAUCCCCUGGGGUAAGGCUGGCGCUGAAUACGUCGUAGAAUCCACCGGCGUCUUCACCACCACUGCUGCCGCUUCCGCUCACUUGGAGGGUGGUGCCAAGAAGGUCAUCAUCUCUGCCCCCAGCGCUGACGCACCCAUGUUCGUUGUUGGAGUCAACCUUGACGCCUAUGACCCCUCUGCUAAGGUCAUCUCCAACGCUUCCUGCACCACCAACUGCCUCGCUCCCCUCGCCAAGGUCAUCCAUGACAACUUCGAGAUUGUUGAGGGUUUGAUGACCACCGUCCACGCCACCACCGCUACCCAGAAGACCGUCGACGGUCCCUCCGGCAAGCUGUGGCGUGAUGGCCGUGGCGCUCAGCAGAACAUCAUUCCCGCCUCCACUGGUGCCGCUAAGGCUGUCGGCAAAGUCAUUCCCACUCUGAAUGGAAAGCUAACCGGUAUGGCUUUCCGCGUCCCCGUCGCCAACGUGUCUGUUGUUGACUUGACUGUCCGUCUGGGCAAGCCCGCCAGCUACGACGCUAUUAAGCAGAAGGUCAAGGAGGCCGCUGAAGGUCCCCUGAAGGGGAUCCUUGGCUACACCGAGGACCAGGUUGUGUCCUCUGACUUCAUUGGCGACACACACUCUUCCAUCUUCGACGCCGCUGCCGGUAUCUCCCUCAAUGACAACUUUGUCAAACUCAUCAGCUGGUACGACAAUGAGUAUGGCUACUCCAGCCGAGUCAUUGAUCUCAUCAAGUACAUCCAGACCAAGGAUUAAAUUCGUAGCUUUAGAGAUAUAUGUUACAUGUCGAGAUUAUCGGCGCUUAUAAUUUAAGUUUUAAAUGAAUGCAGUGAUAAUAAUCUAUCUAAAUUAUUUUGCUACUUUGACAGUAGCUCUGAAUGUGUAAUCUGUUGUUCGGUUUUUGCAUAAAACACGAAAUAUUUAUGUAUGUAAUAUCAAAAUACACGGAAUUAAAAUGUUGAUAUAGAAAUGUA